CUUAAGCAUAGUGAUUUGGAGGAACAGAUCAAUCCUACCUUCCGAAGAACAAUUACAAACUUUGAAUCGGAGGAAGGUCCGAAGAGUCACAACAAAUUGCACCUGCUUAACGGUGUGGUUGUACCCUGUCUCCUCCACAUGAUGGGUAUUCUGUUUUUCCUCCAGAUUCCACAUGCAGUUGGGGAGACUGGCUGGUUAGCGACCUUUCUAAUGUUUAUUGUGGGAGAAUCCAUGGCGCUCUUCACUGCCAUGUCGCUGAGUGCUCUUUGUACCAAUGGAAAGAUGCGAGCUGGAGGUGCAUAUUACAUGAUUAGUCGCUCUCUGGGACCGGAGUUUGGAGGAGCGAUGGCAUGUCUGUUUUUCACCGCGUACGUCGUUGGGAGUACGUUCCACAUUUCUGGUUUGCGUUCGGUACUGGUGUAA